GCGACACUCAUGGCGGCUGCACCCGUCAGGCAGCGCUCCGGGCCAGGGGGACCCCGGGCGCAGCUCCCGCCCUGCUACUACGAAGGAUACCUGGAAAAGCGAGGACCGAAGGAAAAGGCGUCCAGGCGACUGUGGACCUGCCUGUGCGGGAAUUCUUUGUAUUUCUUCAAUAACGCCAAGGACAGCCAUUUUGUUGAGAAGCUGGAUCUCAGUGGGUUUGUGUCCCUGAAGGACGACUGCAGCCGGGACAGAAACCUGGAGGCAGCCAGACUCAUCCUACGCAUGAAGGAUGGAGAGACCAAACUCACAGCCCCUAACUUGGAAUCAAGGGAGCUGUGGAAAGGUUUCCUCUACUCCGUUGUAGAUCUGAAUGUACCAUCCUAUCUCACGUUGCUGCCUGGCCAGCUGCAGAUGCUAAAGGAGGUGGUGGACAAAGAAAGAUCCAGGAGGAGAACCCGUACUCCCACACGCGCUCCUCCCUCACGUGCUCCUCCCUCACCCCUCUCCGUGCCUUUAGUAGGGGAGAUCCCACCGUGUUUCCGACCAGUGUCUCGAACAGAGGCUGAAGUCCUUUUAGAGAGGCACCCAGACUGUGGCAACAUGCUGCUCCGUCCAGGAAGAGACGGGUGCUCAUUGGCUGUCACGACUCGACAGGACCUCAAUGGGUCAGUGUUCAGGCAUUACCGUGUGACUCAGAGGGACCAAGGUGGUUAUGUCAUUGAUGUAGAAAAUCCUAUCCCAUGUGCUACCCUUCACGAGGUCAUCAACGCUCUGGUAGAGAAGACGGCAGGAACUCUGCAGCCUUUCCUUCUGGAGGAGCCUUACGAAGAAAAUAUCACAUAUGUGUCGGCCAAUGAUGAGAAUGGAGAAAGGAUCCUCCACACUGCCCCCUCCAGCCCCCUGCCAAAGGCUCCUGCCCUGCCUCCAAAACAAGAUCGUUGGCCCAGCAGCCCCCUUACCAGGUCACCCGCCCCAGACCGCCGUAUCCUGACAACAUCAGUGCCAGCUUCGCCCACUAACCCGAUGAGAAGACUCAUCCUCUCCCCUUCACCCCUCACACAGACUCUCAAUGAGGAACUCAAACUAAAGCUGGAGAAGAGACGAGCCAGUCAGGAGUGAUUGACUUAUCAUAAGGAACAACCAUCUGUCACCGCAUACUCAAUCUUCAGUGCCAAAACCCUUCUUACCGCAGCUAUGUAUUUAUCCUGUGCCUUCUAGGUGGAAGACAAGGGACAACAAAUAUUUCCACUUUCUCUAAGGGAGAUACAAACCGUUGGACUGAUUAAAUGGACUUUGGUUGGCUUCUUAAGAGCAACACUGCCUGGAAAACACUGGAUUAGGGUCAUAAAAUGCCUUAGUUGGGGUAACAAUCCACUGGUGCUUUGUCCAUUUGCAUAAAGCUGUUUACAAACUGCAUCUGAGCAAAAAUAAUAGUGCCACAACAAAUGAUUUCCCUUCAGAUUACAGUCCACAUUGAUUCAACAUGACUGGCAGCUAAAAAAAAAAAAAAGAGAAGCUCUGACACAAACCGGACCACCUACGGAGCCUGAUGUUUUUCCGUCUGAGCCCCUGUCUGAGCUGCUGAUGUGACUGCUGCAACACUGGAGACUAAGAACAAACAAACCUAAGACUGCAGAGAUCAACAUGGGAGCGACAAACUCUGACCUGAGACUCUUUAUCUGCUCUGAAAGUAAAUAAGCCAGGCAUGAUCAGGUUUCAGUUCAGCAAACCUGUUCACUCACCUCGUCAUAUGAAACAUGCCUGAAAAAAGAUAUCGUCUGAAUAUAAAAAACAGGUGGGCAGAAAACUGAAAACUGCACAAUCUCUGCCUGCUGCUCAUGAGUGCUAUUUGUGAUAUAUAAGCAACCAUUAAUGUAUUGUUGAUUCAGUGACACUGUUGUGGCUCAUCAAUGACAAAGACUUUAACCGUACUGUUGGUGCUUAUUUUAAAGUGUUUCCUUAUUCUCUGCCAAUGUGUUUGUGCUACUGUGUGGUGCUAUGACUGGACCUGGAAACUCCAGGUGAUUCUAUACUUCCUCAAGAAAAUGUGUCUACUGUAGUCAUAUAAGAGUGCCCUCUAGUGAAAUAUCUUUUAACUCAAGCGGCAGACACUAAAAAAAAAGCACACAGUGUUUGGAAAUGAAGUACAAUCUGUUUUAUGUUACAGUCUGAACCCAGCAAAAACUUUUGGCUUUGUCACAAUAUUUUGCCAUGUGCUACCUCUCGACCUUUAAUAAUGAAAUUACAAUGCAUUACAGGUUUGAAGGAGCUUAAACAAUAACAACAUAUUCUACAUUGAAGUAGAUUUGAAGUUUCUGAAUAAUUGUGGCAAACUGUGAUCAAACUGUGUAUGUUUGUACAUGAUGUGUUGUGUCUACUUGAUCACUAUCAAAGAAUAGUGUUUGUUGGAUAUCAAGGGCAUUAAAUGUUUUU